GUCUCUUGUUGCCUAUAUGUUGGGAAUUUGUGUUCAUGGAUGAUGGAGGGAAUAAUAAUCAGGCUCCAGCUGGUCCUCCUUCUGGUGGUGGCUCUCCUGGAGGAAGUCCCAAAAUUCCAGAGGAACCUACUCAACCUGGAGCAUCUAGUUUUCACCCUGAUUACAACAGGGAAGAAGGUUACGAUAAAACAAAUUGUGAUUUUAUGUAUACACAUAGAUUCCAGGCAGUAGCUACUUGUGGGAGCGGAGGGUCAGGACCGUACACUGAACAUGAUAUAAAUGUAUUCUCCGCAAAGAUGAUGGAAGCUAUCUUAUCCACUAAUCCUAAUGGUAAUGGUAAACCUUAUACUAUAGAACAAAUAAUGGAGCGUGGUGACUUCAAUCAGCGUGAUCACCAUAUAAUCCAAACCCUUUUUCAGAAUAGAGUACAACGUGCUAGUAGUAGAGGUCUAUACAACGAACAGAUAGUUGUAGGUUCUUUAAAAGGAGAAGGUUCUCAAUUAACAGUUGUUGGACAUACUCUAUUAAACCAUGUAAGACGUUCACCUAGAUCAUAAGUAUUCCCCUUUGUCUAUCUAUUUGUACUAUAACAUGCACAAAAAGGAAAAGAGGAAAUAUAAAUUAAAUAUAAAUUGAAGAUUCUU